AUGGAUGUCAACCCCGCAGUCUCGCGCGACCCCCGCCUUGCGAAUCGUGGAAGUCGACCCUCAUUACCCGCCAGACCAAGCUAUCAUGAAGCGCCACAAAGGCCCCCUACAGGCCCUCGCGGGUACUCAGCACCCGAUAUACAACAUAAUGCGCCCGGUGAUCCGUUCAUUCGCAGCAUUACCGAUCUAGUGCAGACAGCAGUAUCUACAGCUAUGGACAGAGCCGAACGAGAAAGGAUACAGAAAAAGCGAACUCAGACGGAGGAUCAGUAUCGGAAAUCAAAAAAUCACAUGGCGUUUCCAUCGACCAUUGAAUUCUUUAGCCACUCCCGGAAUGAGGAAGGCCUCCUGUUAGCCUCGAUUGAGGAGAAGAUCAGGAGCCAGGAGUCCAACUACCAGCGCUUAGCAAGCGACCUCAGAAACAAAUGGGUGGAAUCCACAAAGCCACAAGAUUCAAAGACCGAUGAGAUAGUAUCUCAGCUGCAGCGAGAUCUCAAGUUAGCCAAUAAUAGAAUCUCUGCCUUGCAUGGAGAUAUUGCACAACUGACCAGCCGUGACACGUCGAGAGAUGCUGAGUUUAAGACUCUUCAGGAAGCGUUGGGCAACCAACAAAAUUCCUUCGCGGGCUACACAAACUCCUGGGCGUUACUGAAAAAGGAUAUGGAUGAUUGUUCGGCACGGGUUAAACAGUUGGAAGAAAACACAGAACGGCCAGUUGACGGGCUGAUGCCAGAUACAAAAAUGGCAGUUGAUGCUAUCUCUGCUCAGCUUAAGGGUAUACAUCAGAGAGCAGCAAAUUGGGACGAAAAGAUUAAGUUCUUAUCAUCGUCUUUCCAAACAUUAUCAAAAAUACCUGAUCAAGUCAACCAGAAUCUAAAGGAUCAGCAAGAGAAGUUGGGUCACGCUGGCCAAACAACGCAUCCUAAUCUUGAUAAAGCGGUACUAUCUCUCAAUAACAAAUUAGAGGAGCUGCAGCUCAUCCAGAGCACUAAAGAUGAAUUAGUGCUGACAGACAUGGAGGAACUUAGAAAGAGCCUAAAAAAGACAGAGCAGGAUCAGGAACGUCUCACUGUAUCUGUACAGGAGACAUUGUUGAGAACUCCUAGGGAGCCGCUUGAUCCAAAGGUGGAUGCCUUGAUCGCUGAAGUUCGAAAAUGGCACUCAGUGUUGGAGCCUAUUAAUAUGGCUCUGCACUCGCUCGAGUCGAGAUACAAUAGCUUGUCAACGGAGCCGAUCGUGCAGAGUAUGGUUCGGGCGAUGCAGGAAAUGUACCCCUCUGUGGAUCAAAUUUUAAGGGAAUUGCAAGGCCACAGGCGCGUCUUGGACGGGGAGCUACCAUUGCUGCACAAGAAAAUAGAGCAGCUUGAAAGCAAGGGGCCAACAUCCACAGUGCCGCAUGAAGAGCUGAACUCCAUCAAAGCCAAAACGAACGACUUGUCCCAGUCAGUCGGUACCCUUCUAGAACGGUAUCAGUGGCUCAAUCAAGAAGAGAUUCGUGGGAUGCAGACACGCUUGGAGUCUCUUGCAGAAAAGCAGACUAGCUCGGAAAGUGUGUUCCAGGAAAAUCAAACUGCAGCUCAGGAAAUGUUGCAAGAAAUGGCGCGCGAACGGGAAUCGUUAAGCAACCGGUUAACGUCUCUCCAUGACGCUUUCGAGAAAUUAAAUUCAGAUCACACCCAAGAAAAGCUAGGCGCUACUGGCAAUGAAGAAUCCCAGCGCACUUUGGAACUUCGCAUCGCGGCGCUUGAGAAGAGCACCGUGCAUAGUUAUGAGAAGCUGAAGGGACAGUUCGAACGUAUCAAGAAAACCGUGCAGCUUCCAGGUCCCUCUUCUGAGAACGGAUCUUCACAGGGUGAUUCUACCCCUGCCACCAAGAUGCCCCCGCCGCCGAGACCUGAUCUGGUGGAUGGCCAUCUCGGUAUGAAGAUCAAGCGCGCACGUCCUUCCUCGUUGUCAGGCGACGAGAGAUCUCCAGCACCGUCAAGUUCUUCUCAUUCACGAGACUCAACGGGCUCACCAAUGACUGCGCUGGAAGGGGUCAGGAAGAAGAAAAGGGAAAAGAAAAAGAGACGGCGACUGGAGAGCGAAGGUGAAGCACACGCUCAAGCUCGGCCUCCGAUCAAUCGCGAGUACGAUGAAGACUACUGA